AUGGCUGAAGAUGUCGCCAAUUUCAUUCAUGAGAACGGCCUUCAGGCGCCCACCAUCAUCGGCCAUUCUAUGGGUGCCAAGACAGCAAUGACCCUGGCCUUGAAGUCACCCGAGCUUGUCAAGGACCUCAUUCCGGUUGACAAUGCGCCCAUCGAUGCCGCCCUCAUCGGCCGCUUCGGCACCUAUAUCCAAGGCAUGAAACGCAUCGAAGAGGCCGGCAUCACGAAGCAAUCCGACGCCGACAAGAUCCUGCAGGAGUAUGAGAAGUCCCUGCCUAUCCGCCAAUUCCUCCUCACCAACCUAUACAAGCCUGACGGACAGGAUACUCGCAAGUUCCGCGUGCCACUCAGCAUCCUGGCCAAGGCGCUGGACCACCUCGGCGACUUCCCCUACAAGAACCCCGGCGAGGUGCGGUUCGAGGGCCCGGCGCUCUUCGUCCGCGGCACCGAGAGCAAGUACGUGCCGGACGAGGUCCUGCCCAUCAUCGGCCAGUUCUUUCCGCGCUUCGAGCUCGCCGAUAUCGAGGCCGGCCACUGGGUCAUCUCGGAGAAGCCGGAGGAGUUCAGACAAGGAGCACCAGCCCGCCGGCCGCUGCUCCUCCUCCUCCCCGUCGCCACUACGCAGCAGCAGCACCGUCCCAGCCGCGCCGCCGCCGCCGCCGCCGCCGCCCGAGACCAGCUGCUGCUCCAGCCGGCGCGCCACGGCGUCGACGAGCUCGACAAACGCCCGGCGCACGUUGUCGCGCGUCUUGGCGCUCGCCUCGCAGAAGAGCGCGCCGUGCUCCCGCGCCAGCGCCGCGCCCUCGUCCGCGCUCACGGCGCGGUGGCCCGCCUCGGCCCGGUCGAGCUUGCUGCCGACGAGGGACAGCACCGUGCCCGGCGCCGUGUUGGCCUCGGCCUCGCCGAACCAGCGGCCCAUGGCGUCGAAGCUGGCGCGGCUCGCGGCGUCGUAGACGAGCAUGACGCCGUGGGCGCCGCGGUAGUAGCUCGUCGACAGGGUGCGGAAGCGUUCUUGGCCAGCCUGGGGGUGUGUUUUGGUUAG